AGAGUAUGGAACUUGAAAGAACACGUAUCUCUUUUGAUUGGGAUGCCGGUGGAACAACAGCGUAUAAUCUAUUGUGGAAAAUUCUUACAGGAUGAUGACCUCCUUUCUUCAUACAAUAUUCAAAAUGGUGAUACUUUGCAUCUGGUUUGCACUGUCCAGAGCAUGUCGUCAUCCUUUGGUGCUACUGAUGGGAUUUCUCCAGAUACUCAACAGGAAAUCCCUAACUCUAUAGAAACUUUGUCACGAUAUCUCAACAUAAUGAGACAAGAAUAUAGUAUAAAUGGAACAGAAAACAAUACGAAUGAGGUACGCGGAAGUGCAUUCAAUCCUUUCACUCCUUCACAAGGAAUUCCAGAAGUAGAACAAUUAGCAAGACUGCUGUCGUCCACUAGGGAUAUGCUUAUAAGCCAAACUGAACAGCGCUUUCUUGAAUUGGAAAGGGAUCUGCGCCAAAAUCUGAACGUGGGUGAUCCGAGGGUGCGCCAGGGAACCCAGUUAAAUGCACAGACAACAAUCGGAACAAUGUUCAACAAUCUAGGUGCAUAUUUUCUGGAACUUGGCCGCACAGUGAUGGGAGUCCGAAUGGGUGACAAUGGGAGUAAUGCCGUAGUUAAUGCUGGGCCUGCAGUCUAUAUAACCGACUCGGGUCCACUGUCCAUCCAGGAAGAACUUUAUUCUGUGCUGCUCUCAACAAUACACAGGCUGAUCAACUCUGGUUUAGUAAAUAAUAAUAAUACGAGGCUGCACCAGAGGCAAGUUGGUACACAAAUGAUAGGAGGAAGACAAGCACCCAAUAUGCUACGAGUCAGAUACACCAGAUACUUUCUUAGACCCAUAGUUGCCACAGCUGAUCAAACUGAAGCUCAAGUACUGCCACCAGGAAGUGGCGUACCAACGGAAGUUAGCCAACUUUUGAGAAGUAUGUUCCUCAGUGGUGAACUUCAAGCUGCUACACCUGCAGUUGCAACUGUAGAUAACGUCGUUGACAACUCAGGGAUAUUAGGUCUAUCUUCUGGACCAUCAAUUAUAGAACCUAGAAGUGCUCAUGAAUCAGCUGCUGAACCUGCUAAUGAAGGUGUUGGGACCUCUCAUCGACGAACAGUUGAUUUUGCUGAAAGCUCAUCACAUGCAAAACGACAAAGGAUGGAGUGAUGCCUUUGUUGUGGGAGCCUAUUUUGUUGUAGUACAUCAUGUGUUUGGGGUAUGAUCAGCUGGCGACAAGAUAUUGCUAAUAGACAGUUUCAUUAUUCUUCAGCUUUGCGGAACUUUGUAGUUAUUUUGUUGUCUGUUUUAUGACGAUAUUUUACUGGAUCAACAUUCACUUAUGAACUUAUGACAAAGGAUUUUAAGCUUUCUGCU